AUGAGUGCAACAACUCCAAUGAGAAGAAAAAGAGCAACAAACUUACGACAAGGAGAAGACGAUGAUUCCGGUGAACUGGUGAGAAAGAGAAAUGCUCGAAUGGCCGUGUUCUCUGCACUGGUUGACUGUACGCCAUCCACAUCCACCAACAACAACAACAACAACAGAAAUUACCACGAAGAAGACGAAGAAGACGAUGAACCGCGAACGACACUAUUGAAAUCGAUGAGCCUCAAAAGCCUUCUGAAGCUGAAGUGUGAGACAAUCAACAAGUUUCUGAAUUUUUUUGACGCAACACAUCAAGCGCGAAGCAAUUCGAAGGAUCCCAAAUAUCCUAUUGACUUGUUACCUGUAAGAAUUUUAUAUGACUUGAAGUCAGAUUACACAUUUGCAAUAAAGCAAAUCAAUAUUAAACUUCAGGACCGCUUGGAAUUCCAUGUCAUGUUCAGAGGUGCAAUGAGUGGUGAAAACUGUCCCUUUAUGCAAGCCAUCAGAAUUUCGAGUGUUUCGGACGAGACCUUGAGGAAGGCGGCUUCUGCAACCGUUCACUUUUUUUCGUUCAUGACAUUACGUCGUAACAAAGUCAAGGAAAGACCAUCGGUUCCUCAGUGCGAUUAUGAGAUGGAGAGGGUGAAGAGAAUGACGACGGUUGAAAAAGCGAAUCUUGUCGGUGAAUUUUUUUGUUGGUUUGAGCGAGUGCCACCCGUACGAGUUUCAUCUAGCAAAGUGGUUGCCACAAAUGGUGUUAAGGCGGACUCGGAGUUCGAAUUGGAUCAGUACGAAACUCAUUCCCUCCAGUUUCCGAUGAACGGAACAGAAGUAUUUUCUCCAAAAUCGAUUGGCUGCGAGUAUCCCCUGGUAUCUUCGGAUAAUGGUGAAGACUGGAGCCUGAACGUGGCAGUGGUUCUUGCCAUGCUAUCGUGCUUAGUUGGCACGACACGCGCAGAACAAUAUUUUUGCGACUACGGUGAACUGGCCGAAUCUGGGGAAGAAAUCGAGCUGACAGUGCGAAAGAGCGAAUUGAAUGAUACACCUCUGUUCCGAGAAUCCAACAAAUAUCACAACUUGCUACCUGGUCAAAUGCGUAAUGUUCAUAAUGCUCUCUCUUUGGUGGCAAAAUCACUCAAAAUUCCACCGGCUCUGUUCUCGUCUCGAAGUUACAGAAGUGGAUAUGCGAGAGAUGUCAUCCAAGGCAUUGUGACACGAGGAGACCCACAGAGAGAUAUUCCAUUGCAAGCACUACGAUCAAACUUGCUCAGUGGAACUCAGUGGAAAUCCGCUCAAGUGGACAGAUACUUGAGCAAUCUCUCACGAAGUCUUGCGCUGCACCCGGUUACAUUUGCUCACACCACAGCCUUAGAUUGGCAGAGUGCCAUUUAUGGCGAAUUGGCUUCAACCAAGAGCGAUUUCGAAGAAGUGAAUCCAACCAAUGUCAAUAUCUACAUUCGUUCGAAGUCCUCGAAACCGGACGAAUCCUUGGCUCGUUUGUCUUCGAUGGAUCCCGCCGAAAUCAUAACGUUAUGUGAUGAGAUCAAUAUCGAUAACUGGCGUAAAUGUGCUCCGGUCCCUCUGACACACCAAGAAAGACGUGAAUUUCUACAAAAGAAUACCAUGGUUGAUGUGUUUUCAACUUUUCAAUCGUUGAAGAUGGUGAUAGAUCAAAACAUGAGACCAUUCUGUGGAUAUGGAGUUUCUUCACCCUACGCUUGCCCAGUUGUGAACUGUGGAAAGAGCGGUGCGCUACAUUCACUGGCGAGCACACACGAACAUUGGAAAUUGUGGCACGAAGAGUCGAAAAAGAACCUGACCUACAUGUGUAUUAAAUGUUCUAACACAGGACCGUCGAACUUGAAGUCGUAUUCGAGACAUCUCAAAAUUCGACACAAAAUGGAACCGUUCAACUUCAAUUUUUCUUUCAUCUAA